AUGACGACGCAUGCAAGGAAAAGGAUUCGAGAUUGGAAGAAAUUGGAUAUUUUGCGCUGCGGUACUUGGAACAUAAAAUCACUCAGCGGAAGGGAGCAGGAAUUAUUUGUUGAGUUGAGAGACCAAAACAUUGAUAUAUGCGCACUACAGGAAACUAAAAGAAAAGGAAAUGGUCAAAAGCUAUUUGGUGAUUACAUGUUGGUGUACAGUGGGGUAAGCUGCGAACAACGUGCGAAAGAGGGUGUGGCAGUCGCAAUACACAGAAAAUACAAGGACUGCCUGAAGGAAUGCCAAUACAUUUCUUCGAGAAUACUGCUUAUCAGAUUACAUACCGAAGCACAAGAAUUGUACAUAAUAUCUACGUAUGCACCCGAAGACAACAGAUCAAAACAAGAGAGAGAAGAGUUUUAUGACCAACUUCAAACCACGGUUGAGUCAAUUCCACAAUACAAGCCGAUGAUAUUGCUUGGAGAUCUCAAUGCUCGCAUCGGCGUCGAGACUAUACCUGGGAUCAAGCAGCGCUUUAACGAGAAUGUAUUGAACAGCAACGGAGAACUUCUUAUCAGUAUUUGUGCAAUUAAUGAACUCAGAAUUAAUAACACCUUCUUCGAUCAUAAACCGCAAUACAAGUACACAUUCAGCAACACUCGAGGGCAACAAUCGAUAAUCGACUACGUAAUAACCAACAGACACAUACAUCCUUCCCAAAUAUUGGACAUACGAACCCUUAACUCUGCAAAUAUUGGUAGUGACCAUAAGCUACUCUUCGGAAAAAUCAGGAUGAAGCUGAAACCAAAUAAAAACACAAGUCCUAUCAAAUCAGAAGAGAAAAUAAACGUAGAAUCACUGUGGAACAAAUCUGUAAGGGACUUAUACCAAAGGCGACUGAAGUGUAAAGUAGAGAAUAAUCCCUUAGAAGACGGAGAAGACGUGGACAGCAGCUGGGAGAAACUGAAACGAAACAUUAACGAAGCAGCCGUUGAAGCACUCGGAACAAGAAAGGUGAAGCAAAGGAACAAACAACCCAAUAAAACCCCCUGGUUCUGCAAGGAAGUUAAAGAACAAUGCAAGAAGAAAAAGAAAGCCUAUUUAAAGUACAUGUCGACCCAAGCCACAGAAGAUCAUCAGGAAUACAAGAGAGUCAGGAAUACUACCAAUAACUUAGUCAGACAAAUAAAAAACAGACACUGGGAAAUUUUUUCGAAAAGAAUGGAGAACGACUUCUAUGGACUCCAGAAGCAGAUAUGGCGGCUGAUCAGGAGCCAGAGAAGAGAAACACACGAAUUGGUUGCUAGUAAUCGUGUUGCGAAGGAAACUUGGGUGACUUAUCUGAAAGAUUUAUAUAAAAGGCAGCAAAGACGAAAUGGUCCCUUUCACAACACUCCCCAAAUCAUAACAGACGACAACAUAGUUAUCAAUAAGGAAGAUGUGAAAGAAGCCUUAAAAAAACUUAGAAAUAGAAAAAGUCCUGGGCUUGAUGGUAUUACGAAUGAGCUGCUCAAAUACGGAGGUGAAAGCAUAACAGACCAACUGACGACUCUGAUUAAUAAGAUUCUACACUUCCAUAGAAUACCUGAUGAAUGGAGGAUCAGCAAGACAAUACUCCUCUUCAAAAAAGGCGACAAAUAA